AUGGCUGAGCAGAUUAAGAAGUUUGAGGAAGAAAUCAGGAAAGUGAAUGAUAUGGUUAGUAGAGGACAGUAUGACGGUACAAUAGAGGCGAAGAGGAAGGCUUUAGUGAGGUGCUGCGAAAAGUGGUAUCUAAGGCAGGAUGUGCAUUGGAAGCAAAUGUCAAGAUCUUGGCAUGCCAAUGAGAUGGAUCGGAACACAAGGUAUUUCCAUAAUAUAGCUUCAGCAAGAAGAAGGAAUAAUCGAAUUGAGUCUUUGGUGGUUAAUGGGAGGCUAGUGAGGAAUCAAGCAAGAAUCAAGGUUGUGGUCCGGGACUUUUACAAACACCUGUACCACCAGGAAGCGUCUCCAAGGGUGAGCUUUAGGGAUGGAUUAGUUAAUCGAUUAGAGAGGGAGGAAGCGGAAACCUUAGAGGCGCUACCAUCAGUAGAGGAAGUGAAAGAAGUAGUUUGGGAUUGUGAAUCUUCUAAGGCUCCAGGGAGUGAUGGGUACAACAUGAAUUUUAUAAAGAAAUGUUGGAAUAUGAUUGGAGCGGAAUUCACUACAGCUGUGAUGGAUUUCUUUGAGACAGCAAAAUUACCACCAGACGCUAAUGUCACAUGGGUAGCUUUGUGA